GCUCCCGCAGUCGCUGGCGUGAUUGCAGUCUGGCUAUCUCAAGACGAGCACAAGGCGCGUCUUCAGGUCCCGGGCUCAGUCGCCACAAACGUCAAGGAGAUGGUCAAAUCUCUCGCAUACUCAAGAGUCGAGGGCGAGCCCGCCGUCAUCUGGAACGGUAUUGACCCUCGUGGUUUGGCAUGUUCUGCCCCUGGAGCUUCUGCGGGUAGACGUCGCCAAGCAGCGCCUUCGGGAGGCGCUGGUUCCUGUCAGGCAACUUCCGUUGCCUCUGCAGCUCCCACCAGCACCUCUGUUCCAGAGGCGCCGACCUCGACCUCUGUUCCAGCUCCAACCUCUGCUGCGCCUUCGUCAUCGGCAUCUGCACAGCCUUCCCCGCCACCAAAACCGACAUGGAGUGAUGCUCCCCAAGGCUUUACUAAGGUUUUGGAGCGUGAUGGAGUAGCUAGUGCCGACUACGAUGCCACUUCUGAUAGCGCAAGUGAGGGAGUGACGAGCGGAAUAGAGCAGUGGUGUCUCUCUAAGUGCACAGUUCAAGUGACGCGGGCGUAG